AUUCUAUAUUCUAUUCUAUUUCCAUUUCUAUUUCUAUUCUAUUCUAUUCUAGGCAGCCCGUAUAAUUCAGUGUAUCUGGAGCAGGUAAUAGUGGUCAUUCGGAGGACUGUGCACCAGGAUGUGAAUGCAGUGGAUAAAGGAAACAUUUGUUCACCUAUCCUCUUUCUUCAUGCCUUGAUUGAAACCUGGUUUUAACAAACACAGUUACCAGAGUUUGCACAGUAUACUAAACUGUAAGCCAAGGUUUAUGGACCUCCUUGCUAAGCCCAAAACAGACAAACCACAUAAUAGCCUUGGAUGAAGUGUGAAUUCAGUCUCUGGCUGGAUUAUUUAGAAACGGGAAAAAGAACUAACUUUGGUAGAGCCAAGUUGCCUUGUGCUUUAGUUACUUUCUAAUCUGCUUUUUGUUAUCUUUAGGAAUUUUUAAUGGAAACCUAAGAAUAUAUAUAGAGAGAAUAUAGAGAUUUAGUUUGUUUCCUGCAGUUAUUUAUUUAGGCGUUAACUUUUGGCCCAAUUUUCCAAGAGAUAAUAUUUCAAGUAAUAUGGAAGGGGCUAGCUAUAUCUUUGUUUAUGCCUGUUUUGAAAUAUUUGUUAAAAAGUCAACUUUUUAAAGUAUAAAAGCUGUCCACAAAUUCCAGAUAAUUCUGAUUCCUGGUUACAAUAAGAAAGUUUAUGGUGAGAGUGCAGUAGUUUUUAGAUAUAGCACUUGUUAUUGUGAUUUUAAGUUUAGAUAAAAUAAGUACAAAUAUAUGCGUUACAGUUACAUUGGUGAUGAUACUUUUUGACUGUGUGUACAAUAUGCUAAUUAUUAAAUAUAACUAACAAACCACACUGGCUUGUGGCCACUUAGUUUUGGCUUAGCCAUUGUUAUUUUUUAGCAUGGAAUCAGCACAUUCUGGAGUCAAUAAUUCAAAUAUCUAGGGCAGUGAUGGUUAACCUUUUUGCCGUUGAGUGCCGAAAGCGUGUGUGCUUGCACCCAUAAUGCAAUGCGUGUCCAUGCCCCGCAUGUGCUCCACCCUCUGCGCAUGUGUGCACAACCCCACAUGCGCCCCACACAUGCACGUGGGACCCUCAUGCAUGCACAUGUGCCCCCUCGUGCAUAUGUGCAUGUCUCCUGCAUGCGGCCUCCACACAUGUUUUAUUUUUAUAGUUAUAAUGUACACUGGAGAUGGCAUUUAAUUCCAUUGUAUGAAGCGCAAUCACAAUAAACUAAACUACAUUUUUGUUUUCUUGCUCCUGGUCAGAGCAGGAGUUUGAGCUUCUGUAGUAACUAGAGAUUAUUUGAAGAUAAAUCUAUUUUAGCUGAUCUUUUUUCUUCUUUUCCUUCCAACCCCAUCUCCCUUGAAGCUUCCAUAUAUUAUCAUUUUACUCAUUCAUGUGUUUGAGAUCUAAAUCUUGAGAAAAGACUAGAGGGUGUGGUUCUGGCAGUAAAAGGUAGGGAGUGGUGGUCUAUGUAGGUUUUGCAUUUGGGAAGAGUGCCAAGAUACUUUAAGGAAGAAAGACAGCAAGCUGCAAGCCCUUCUGGUCUUGUGCCAGGCUGUGUCACCCAAUUAAGGCUCUACAGCUCUUUCAACUAUUCCUUUUAAAUGCCAGGUAGAUUCAAAAUAAAACAAAUUAUUCCUGGUUUCAACUUUUUAGAAAAGUGAUAGAUGAAGUGAAAACGUGUUUGAUAUGUUUGGAAUAUACACAGCCAGUUGGGAGCUGUUUCACAUCACUACAAUUAUAUCAUAGAUGAUAGUGGUACUUUGGCCAGUUCCCCCCAAAACCUAAGCAAAAUCAAACCUGGUUGGUAAAUGAUUGUUACUACAUCUAGUUACUACUACAAGAAAAUUGGAGGUUGUAGAGUGGGAAAUUCUUUAAAAAAACAAGAACAACUCCCAAGAAGACCAUGAAAAACUGCUUUCUUAUUAUUAAAUCUUGAAGCAUCCAUGUAGAUUUGAAGACUACUUUCAGGAAUAAAUAGCAAUAAAAGCUUAAUUGUUGAUUUUUGUAGCAAUGCCCUUGCCUUUUUCCAAGAAAUACUUUUCCUUAACUACUGAAUUUAUAUUUUGAAUUGAAAUUAUCCCUUGUGCUGUCUCCCUAGCUAUUGUUGGAAAUAGUUUUGAUUGAUAUAUUUGUGGAAAAUUUCAGUUUCUAUGUCAAAGCUUCUCAAUAGACAUGGCAAUUACUCUUGCAGUGUAUGGCAAGAGUAUAUGCUUCCAGCAUGGCCUCCAAAGCGUCAAGGUCAUGCACUGCCCAGCUAAAGGAAGCUGGCGGGAGUAAUACAAACAGGCGAUCACUUUAGUGACAGUGGCAAAGGCAUCAUUUUGUACUGCAUGGGAAGGAAUAAUGGUAAACGACUCAUGCAUUUUACCAAGAAAACAUAUAAUACUUUGAAUUAAUUUAGCUGUAAAUAUUAUUUUAGUAGUUUUGGACACACAAAUAUUGUGUGCGUUAACUGCAGCUCCCAUUAUUUUAUUGAAAAUGUAUUUAAUACAUUUGAGUUUGAAGAAGUAUCAGAUAAGGUUUGUUUGACAUAUUCAGAGCUCACUGAGCAGCAAGAAAAUUUACUAUAUAUGGGAGACAUAUUUUUUAUAAGGAAACAAAGAGAACAGUCAAUUGUUCAGUGAUUGUUUUAAAUUUACGAUAGUGCUGACCUGAACAAAAUGAUACAUGACAGAUUCCUAGCCACCAGAGCAUCCCCAUGGUCAUGUAAUCACAAGCCAGGCAUUCAAUGACUGGGUCAUAAUCAUAAUAUUGGAGUGUCCUACAAUCAUAUCAUCACAAUUUGCAACUGUCACUAGCAGCUUCCGCAAUCAAAGUCAAUAGGGAUACUAGUGGGGGAUCACAGUGAUCAUAUAUUGCAGUAUUCACUUAAUGAAAGCAACUGGAAGUGUUGUUGCUAAGCAAUCUGAUCAUAUGAUGUCAUGUUUUAUAACCGUGUGAUUUAGUGAUGGAAAUUCCAGUCCUAAUUGUCAUCAUUAACUAAGGACUACCUGUAUUUGACAAAAUUUGUUCCAGGAAUGGCAACUCUUAUUGCGAUGACACUUACAGGAUAUGGAUGCCAGUAUAUUAAGUACAUAUUAAGAAUUGAAAGAUUUACUGAUAAGUUUACCUGUAUGAAAAUAUGAUUUGACUAAACCUGUAGCAGUGUCAACAGGUACUAGUGCAUCUGGUUUAGGUGUGGUAUUGUUACAAGAAAGAUUUUGUGUGAUACGUGCAUUUAAAACCAGGAUUAAACUGCUAGUUACUAACUUCCCCAAAAUAUCAAUUAGUAGUAGUUUAAACCAACAGUCUCGAACCUUUCUGGCUUUGUUGAUUGGCAUGGGGGUGGGGGUGGGGGGAGUGCUUGCAGCUCCAUUUGCCCAAGUGGUGGGCAUAUGCGUCCGCCACAUGCACAAAUGGAACUGUGCCCACCUGCCUGCUGCACGUGCUCGCUUGCCCAACAACUCUGUAGUCUGGUUUUGAAUGGGUUGCAGCUCGAGUUGGAGCCCCCUGGUUUAAAGAACUAGGAAGGAACUGGUGAUUGUAGAUGCCUUUCUAAGAGCUUUUUAAGAUAGUAAUGAUGACAUAUGUAGAUUAUUGUAUUCUAAUGUUGCAAUAGAUUUGUAGCUAUACUUGCUUGUAUCUGGUAAUAUAAUCGAAACAAUUUAAAAAUGCUAACUAGUCAAUUAUUAAAAUUAUUUUGAUGGGCUGGCCUUAGCAAAGAACGUUUAAAAUGUAUUGGAAUUAUAAGGAGUUGAAUAUUACUUCUCAAGAAUGAAAGACAGAGAGGUGAGAUCUUGCGGGGGGGGGAUAAGAGGCAUGUGUAAGAAGCUGAAUUGAUCGUGUUUGAAUUUCCUAUGAGAUUAUGGCAGGAAUUGUGUUUGAUAUAUUUUAAUUUUAGGGGAAAAAAUAAAAAUUAGUUUGGAAAUUUUAUUUGAUAUUUUUUUGUAGUGGUCUUCUUUCUUUGGGACAGGUUUGGGGGGGUAGGCAGAAGUUGAACCCCAGACUACUAUAGUGUAGAGUGCCUCAAGGCUCAGAUCUGCCAUCCCUUCUUUCAAUAUGUACAUGAAACGUUAGGUGAUAUAACUAAAUGGCACUGGAUGUACCGUAGCAUCAGUAUAUUAAUAAUACCCAUACAUAAUUACUCCAGGUGAGAAGGGUACUGCUGUUACGAUAUUGGUCCAAUGAUCUAAAUUUCCUGAAAGCUGUAAAGAGCUAGCUCUUCCCCCAACUUCUUGUAGAGGAUGAAGUUGUAGUUGGAGGACAGUGCUGUUGGCUGCAUCAAAGCAGUUUGGUUGUGGUGCCUGGCUUCUUUGUUUUCAUUUCAUGUAUUAUUUUGGUUUUAUAUAGUUGUUCUGAACUGCCUAGAGUUUGACUCUAAAGUUGAUGGACAUGCAAAUCAUUUAAAUAAAUAAAUUUUGCAUUGUGGGUCUCUUCAACACAUGGAAUCCUUGAGGUCAUAACAGACAAUAGAUCACAAUUUAACUUAAUGGGAUUCAGAGUGUUUUCCAAAGAUUGGGAUUUUGCAGAUUCUAUUUCCAGUCUCUAUUAUGCCCAUUCAAAUAGGAUAGUAGAAAGGACUAUACAGAUUGUGAAGAGAAUGUUACAAAAAUCAAAGCUGGACGGUUUUGAGUUUUAUUCAAAUGUGUUGGCUUAAAAGAAAAUCAUCGAACUCUUAGAUCUGCGCAGAGGUUGACGGUAUAGCUUAUUAAAGAAGGUGAAGGGACUUGAGGAUACAUUGAAGAUCUUACACUAUCUCAGUUCAAAUGCGGAAGGAAAAAGAAACAACUGAAGAUACCAGAAAAGGACAACAGUUGGGUUAUCUUGGGGGGGAGGGGGGAGAUGGAAUAUGCUAGGAAUAAGUAAUCUCUAUUAUUUGUGAGUAGAAUAUAAUGAGUGAACAUAAGGAGCUAGCUGUGGGUAUUCAAUGGCUCUCUUUUCUUGGUAACCUGUAAACUAUCAGUCAACUUUAUCCAUGUAUUAGAUCUGUCUUAAUAGUUUGUAUGCAAUGUACUUCAAAAUGGGAUGUGAGCAUGUAAAUGCAAGCUACUUCGAAAUGGAAUAUGGCCUAAAACUGAUUUAAAAUUGUAUGGAACACUAUAAUUUUACAGUAGGCUUACCUAUCAAACAUGCUUCCAUUUUUCCAGGGCCACCAGCCACUCUUUUCCAGCCACCGCGUCGGCCUGGCCUGGGAACAGUUGGAAAACCAAUUCGUCUCUUAGCCAAUCAUUUCCAAGUACAGAUUCCUAAAAUUGAUGUUUAUCAUUAUGAUGUGGAUAUUAAACCAGAAAAACGUCCCCGGAGAGUGAACAGGGAGGUAGUAGAUACCAUGGUGAGACACUUCAAGAUGCAAAUAUUUGGGGAUCGACAACCUGGCUAUGACGGCAAAAGAAAUAUGUAUACUGCGCAUCCUCUGCCUAUUGGAAGGGACAGGGUGGAUAUGGAGGUCACACUCCCCGGUGAAGGGAAGGACCAGACCUUUAAAGUGUCAGUUCAGUGGGUGUCUGUAGUCAGCCUUCAGCUGCUCCUGGAAGCUUUGGCAGGGCAUCUGAACGAAGUCCCAGAAGACUCUGUGCAGGCACUAGAUGUCAUCACACGGCAUCUUCCCUCUAUGAGGUACACUCCAGUGGGGCGUUCCUUCUUCUCUCCCCCUGAAGGAUACUAUCACCCACUGGGAGGAGGUCGGGAGGUCUGGUUUGGAUUCCAUCAGUCUGUCAGGCCUGCCAUGUGGAACAUGAUGCUCAACAUAGAUGUAUCCGCAACUGCUUUCUACCGUGCUCAGCCUAUUAUUGAAUUCAUGUGUGAAGUCCUGGAUAUUCAGAACAUCAAUGAACAAACAAAACCCCUUACGGAUUCCCAGCGUGUUAAAUUUACCAAAGAAAUAAGAGGUUUAAAAGUGGAGGUUACUCACUGUGGGCAAAUGAAAAGAAAAUACAGAGUUUGCAAUGUUACUAGACGACCUGCUAGCCAUCAAACGUUCCCUCUGCAGUUGGAAAAUGGGCAAGCUAUGGAGUGUACAGUAGCUCAGUAUUUUAAGCAGAAGUACAGUCUGCAACUGAAAUACCCACAUCUUCCAUGCCUCCAAGUAGGGCAAGAGCAGAAACAUACCUAUUUACCCCUUGAGGUGUGUAAUAUAGUUGCUGGGCAGCGUUGUAUUAAGAAGCUAACAGACAAUCAGACAUCAACUAUGAUCAAAGCAACAGCACGGUCUGCCCCUGACAGGCAGGAAGAAAUUAGCAGACUAGUCAAGAGUAACAGUAUGGUUGGUGGACCUGAUCCAUAUCUGAAGGAAUUUGGUAUUGUUGUCCAUAAUGAAAUGACAGAACUGACAGGCAGAGUAUUACCUGCACCAAUGCUGCAGUAUGGAGGUAGGAACAAGACUGUUGCUACACCAAAUCAGGGUGUCUGGGAUAUGAGAGGGAAACAGUUCUAUGCUGGGAUUGAAAUUAAAGUGUGGGCUGUUGCCUGCUUUGCACCUCAGAAACAAUGCCGGGAAGAUUUGUUGAAGAGUUUUACUGAUCAGCUGCGCAAGAUCUCUAAGGAUGCGGGGAUGCCAAUCCAGGGCCAGCCAUGCUUCUGUAAAUACGCACAAGGGGCAGACAGUGUGGAGCCCAUGUUCAAACAUUUGAAAUUGACUUAUGUGGGGCUGCAGCUAAUUGUAGUGAUUCUUCCAGGAAAGACACCCGUCUACGCUGAAGUUAAACGAGUUGGGGAUACUCUCCUGGGCAUGGCGACUCAGUGUGUUCAGGUGAAGAAUGUGGUGAAAACAUCUCCCCAAACUCUUUCCAAUCUUUGUCUGAAGAUCAAUGCAAAACUUGGUGGAAUAAACAAUGUCCUCGUACCACAUCAAAGACCCUCAGUAUUCCAGCAACCUGUUAUUUUUCUGGGAGCAGAUGUCACUCAUCCUCCUGCUGGAGAUGGGAAGAAACCUUCCAUUGCUGCUGUAGUAGGAAGCAUGGAUGGCCAUCCCAGCCGCUACUGCGCUACUGUACGAGUGCAAACAUCCCGUCAAGAGACAUCACAAGAAUUGCUGUACAGUCAGGAAGUGAUCCAGGACCUGACCAAUAUGGUGCGAGAACUGUUGAUCCAAUUUUACAAAUCUACUCGCUUCAAGCCUACAAGGAUCAUUUACUACAGGGGAGGAGUAUCCGAAGGGCAGAUGAAACAGGUAGCUUGGCCUGAGCUUAUCGCAAUCCGGAAGGCCUGUAUCAGUUUAGAAGAAGACUACAGGCCAGGGAUCACCUACAUUGUCGUGCAGAAAAGGCAUCACACAAGACUCUUUUGUGCAGACAAAACUGAACGGGUGGGGAAAAGUGGGAAUGUUCCGGCAGGCACUACCGUGGAUAGCACCAUUACCCACCCGUCUGAAUUCGACUUUUACCUCUGUAGCCAUGCAGGAAUCCAGGGAACCAGCCGUCCUUCUCACUAUCAAGUCUUGUGGGAUGACAACUGCUUCACUGCAGAUGAAUUGCAGCUACUGACAUACCAGCUGUGUCACACUUACGUUCGAUGCACACGGUCUGUCUCAAUCCCUGCGCCUGCAUAUUAUGCCAGGCUGGUGGCAUUUAGAGCAAGAUACCAUCUUGUAGACAAAGACCAUGACAGUGCUGAAGGCAGCCACGUGUCAGGACAGAGCAAUGGCCGUGACCCUCAAGCACUCGCCAAGGCAGUACAGAUCCAUCACGACACCCAGCACACAAUGUACUUUGCCUGAUCAGACUCUGCAGCCACGUGGCGUGGCAGGAGCGGCCUAGUUGGUCAGGUCACCAACCAUUAAUUGUCAGGGCUCGUUUUUUUAAUUCAGGCUGCCCUCCACCAGCAGCUUGGGACAGUUGCACUGAAUUGAUACCUGCCACCAACAUCUCGUGCAGGCACAAUUGAGCCAUUUUUAUUUUUAUUUCUUUCCGUAAACAGAAAUUUCAUAAACAGUCUUUGCAUUGGACUGAAUUUUUACCUCAAAACGCAAAAGGCUGAUCCUCUUAAACAAUUUUUAAAGGACUUGGCACGAAAGGUUUUUAUUGAAAUAUUUUGCUAACCAAUUAAUCAAUUUACGUUACCUCUCCAUCCCACGUUAAGCUUGUCAAGAAGAAGAAUUCCUGCUGGGCUUUGACAUAACUGCUUAGUGAGUCUCCAGAUAUGGCAAAACAGGAUUCUGCUGUUUUUUCUGUCUGGAACCAUAUAGACUUGAUCAAUGAAUUUUUGGUGUAAAACACCUUUCAACAAACAUGUAUUUUCAGAGGUAUGGCUGUUCCUUUGGUUUUGUUUUUUAAUUUUUCGCUUUGUCAAAUUUUGCUAGUUCCCUUUUUGUAAAUCUCUCUGCAGUCCUGGGCUGCAAAGCCAUUGCACUAUAACUGCGAAUUCAGCUUGGUGGUACUUCUGUGAAUGCGUAAUGUUAGCAGAGAAAAAUCCCCCCUGGCAGUUCUAAUACAAUUAUAAUUAUGAUUACGGUUAAAACUGCCAUCUUUUGAUUCAAAAUGCUGAACUGCUUCCCCUUCUAAAAAUAGGUAACCAGGUUCUGAACAAUUAGUUUUAGUAUUUUUCAAACAUCACAAAAAGUGCCCAUUUUAUGCUGCUAUGUUUGACAAAUUGAAGUCAUUUUUAAUACUCUUUUUCAUAGAAGGUUUUAACUUUGGCAAUAAUUUUUUUUAAAUAACCUGGCAGUAGCUUUUCUAGUCAGAAUCCAUUCUUGGGUAGAUUGACUUAUCUUUGCUGAAGAGAAAAUUAAUUACUAAAAAUGGAUCAGAAGAGGCUCCCUUCAUGCUUUUUACAAAUGAUUAUUUUUAACUGUUUUAUAGUCACCAUUGGUCUGUCUACCCCUUUUUAUAAGCUUGGAAAGUGGGUGUUGUGUAUCGGAAAAAAAGGCUUUGCCAAUUUGUACAGUUGUGUAUAGUGUGACAGUAGCAAUCAAAGACUUUUACCAGCAAUUUAAAUCCUGUUUCCUUUGAUGAUUUAGGUUUCUUGCAUGUACAGCGACACUCAGUAGCAUGUGUGAAGUGUGAAUUGUAAUGUUGAUCUUGAACCUUUUCUAUUAGGAUUCUUAUUUUGCUCGGUUCUCUUCCACUGAAACAUGUUAAUACCAAAAGUAGGAUGGGAAGGGGUUGUGCAGACAAUAAUAGUGUUGUGUUGAGACUAGCUUGUGAGUGUUAGCACACAAUGCUUUAAAUUCCUAGUUUUUGACUGAGUUGAUAUGGCCACUGGGAAGACUGGGAUUUGGCCAAUAAUUGCACUCUGGAUUUCUAAUCAGAGGGUGGCAUCACAGAGCCUUGUGACCUUGUGAGCUUUCAAAUCCGGACUUUCACGUUGGCAAUAUGAUACACCGUUUAGAUUGUCCUUCAGUCAGUUGAAAUAGAGCUUCUCAUAACUUGGAAAAUGUACAUUUCCAAGAACAUUAUUCAGUUGUGUCAGAGUACACUGAAGUUAGUCUUCAAAAAACAAAAAAAAGUUUUAUAUGCUUCUUCCAGAGCCGUGGGCGCGUGUGUGUGUGGGGGUGUGUGUGCAUGUGUUUGUGGGAAAGGGCAUAUGCAGUGUUUGUCCCCAUUCAGAAAAAGAAGUGAAGCAACUUAGUUCUGACAUCCAGAGCUAAGAUAUUAGAUUGCUUAAGUAUAGGUAAGGGUUUUUUUUUUAAACUUUUCCUUGAGAAUACCUCACUUGGAUAAUCAAUAUCAGGACACACAGGGAGGGAGAGUGGCCACUGCUUUAGUUUAUCUGCUGCUUUUCUUUUCUUUUAAUGUUCAGGGAGAAAAUGCAAGAAUUUUAACUCCUGCUGACCCAAACAAACAGAGAACUGAGGCACCUUGAAAAGAGUCUAAGCACCUGUUUUAGUGUGUAGCAUUUUUUUUAUUGCACUAGGUAAGGACAUGGUUUGAGAGAAAGAAAGGAAAGUAAGAAAAAUGGGUCUCUGUACCACCUGGGUACACUGGUAGCUGCCCUGGCACCUAGUACAGGUGGAAAAUUGGGAUAUAUGUACCCACCUGUCUACAGGUGAGAUCUUCCAAAUCCCAACCAGGCAGAAUGAAAAACAAGCUUUCUAAAAGGUUUGUAAACCUUCAGCAACCAAAUCUGCUUUUGCUCCCACUUCCAGAUAUGAAGAUUGGAAAGUAGGGCUGGAGGAGAAUUUAAAUCUCUCAUCCUAUCAAUUGCCAGCAAAAGCAGAUUUUGGGAGCCAGGUGGGAUUCCCCACUGCUACCCAAAUAGUAACAAAAAAUAGAAGUGGGAGGAAAACAUGCAUUUUAAAGGGCUCAGUUAAUUUUAGUUGUAGUUGGGCCCAAACUGUGAAGACAGGAAGCUUAACAAAUCCGGGAAGAACUUUUUUCUGAUUGGCUUAUUAGGAAAUGAGUCUGUAUAAAGUGUAUAAGCUAUAUGAAAUGGUUCUUUUUAAAAAAUUUCUUAUCAUAGGAAAAAAAAUAAGAUUUUGAUCGUAUUUUUCAUGUGUAUUACAGCCCACAACCCACAUUGGUCUUUUGAAAUCAUCUGUAUUUCAGAGAGAUAUCUAAGCAGGAUUCCUUUUUUUAAGUGAAUUAUUAUCACAAUGAAUUUUUAUCAGCCCAAAAACGUUGAUGAGAAAACUUUCUUGCCAACUUUUGCACUUUCUUGGAAUUUUACAUGAUUUCCACCCCCUCUUCUUCCUUCUUGUCUCUGUUGAAAAUUUUCCUGUGCAAAAAAAUGUUCAGUCAUCUCUUAGUUGCUGAAUGGUCCAGUGAUGUCAUUUGGGUAUGUUUCAGAGCUGAAAAAUUCUAUCAAAGCAGACAGCGAUGAAGAUCUUUAAAAACUAAUAAAAAGGGAAGGUCUUGUUGAUCUUUGGGAGACCUUUUUGACUCAUUGGGACUGCCCCUUCCCCUGGGGAUGAACUGAAUGGUUAUGCAUGUGUCAAUCAAUGGGAAGAUGUGCAUUUUCUAGCUAUAGUUCUUAAGGUUUUAGGGUUUAGUUUGGUUGGGGUUUUUAAUGUGGUUUUCUUUCCUUUUGACCCAGUCUUCUCCAGCUGUGUUGUCUUUGGUCGUUUUGGGCUACAAAUUCCAGAAUUUCAACUUGGUUGGAGAUUUUUGGUUUAUAUUAAGCCUGCUGGCUCCUUUUCUUUUUUCUUUUUGCUGUUAUGUCAUGGGAGAUUUUCAAAUGUAGCAAAUUUGAACUGUGGGCUGGAGGGGAGUGGGCUAAUAAUUUGGGCAGUAGUUCUUGGUGUUUAUAGGAAAAUCAAAUGUGGUUCCUUCUGUAAGUCUUCUGCUUUUUUAUUUUAUUUCUUUGAGCACUUUUAUUCCAAAGAGGCUCUAAAAAGCUUUUGCUCUGUAACAGAGAGUCUUGCUUUACUUCUGUGACUUCUGGGCAUUUUAAGAAGGGCAUCGAAGGAGACUUCAAAAUCAGAGGCAGAAGAUGUUCCAUGUUUCUUUGAUCCAGAGACGUCGUUUUCUCCUACAGCCCUAAUAUCAAGAAUCUUUGUAUGAUGGGGAAAAGGGCAUGGCUCUCCUUGCGACAGGUCACCCAACCUCCAAUCAGUUCUUCCCACUCCUGCCAAGAAAACUACCUUUUUUGAUGAUGCUGUGGGUCCUUUUUUCCCCUUCUUGCUCCAUGGCAAGGCAGUUCCUCUGUUUUCAUUUUCGUAAAGCAGAGUUCAGAGGGCAUUGUAUCAAUACUGUUUCAACUGCAAGGUUUUUUUCCCUUGUACAAAUGGAGGAAAAAUCAUAAGUGGAUAUCAGUUUAAGGGUUUCUUUAUACCUUGCUAUUGACACUUUCAUGAUAUUUCUAUGUCUAGGGCCUGGACCUUGUACGUAAAACUUGUUGGCAUAUGUUCAUUUUCGACUGAUGUAUUUUUCCUUUUUUGUUUGUUUGUUUGUUUCUAUACUGUUAGACUUGUAAUGUUAUAAAUUGUAUUUUAUUAAAUUGGACUGGAUGUAUGUCUAUAGCAAUACGAGGUACUUUUUCUUUCAAAGAAACUCUGGGAUGGGUAGGUUAACAGUGCCUCCCUCCCCCAUUGCGAUAUGCUGGCUGUGUAUAAUUGCAAUGUAUUUUUCUUUCUUUCUUUUUUUUUAGCCUGCAGGGAUUUUGUGUUCAUGUGUCCAAAAAAAAUAAAGGCAUUUGUUGCCAAAUGUU